GCAUUUUUUCUUCAUACGGGGCUUGUCUUGUCUUCGUUGGAUCUGGGAAUUGCGCGGACAUAGCUCUUGGUUUUGGUGAAGUCACUAUUGUUGAUGUUAUCGUUGGUGUGAUGAUAUUCGUUGGUUUUUGGGGUUUGUUGAUGUUCAUUGCAUACUUUGUGACGUGA